AUGGAGAAUCUGAGUACCAUCUCCAACAAUUCAUGCUUCAGUUGGCCCAUCACUCGUCUCAACGCCGGCGAAAAAGCUCCAUGUUCACCGGCUAAGCUGAGGUUCCAAACUAAAUCUCUCCUGGUCGCCGUUAAAUCAGUAUUGAAAUCCGACUCGGCCAAUUUCUCUCCUGCUAACCAGCCUGGGGAUGAUGUUGUUCGGUUGGAGCCUGAUUAUGAACGCACACCUCGCAAUCGUCCUCUCCGAACCCCUCACAGCGGGUAUCAUUAUGAUGGAACCGCACGAAGAUUCUUCGAGGGGUGGUACUUUAAGGUCUCAAUCCCAGAAUGCAGGCAGAGUUUUUGCUUCAUGUACUCGGUGGAGAACCCGGCAUUUCCAAGAAAGUUGAGCAGGAUUGAGGAAGCACAGUAUGGGUCCAGGUUUACGGGAGUUGGAGCUCAAAUUCUAGGAGCUGAUGACAAAUACAUUUGCCAGUACAGUGAGGAGUCGUCGAAUUUUUGGGGAAACAGGGGAGAGCUGAUGCUAGGUAAUACUUUCGUGGGGCAAGCAAAUAUGAAGCCUCCUAAGAAAGAGAUUCCUCCACAGGAGUUCAACCGAAGAGUUUUAGAAGGUUUCCAGGUUACACCACUUUGGAAUCAGGGCUAUAUUCGCGAUGAUGGAAGAACGAAUUAUGCAGAGAUCGUGAAAACGGCACGCUGGGCGUACAACACACGCCCCGUUUAUGGAUGGGGAAACGUUGGGUCAAAGCAAAAUUCCACAGCAGGAUGGCUUGCUGCCUUCCCUGUCUUCGAGCCUCAUUGGCAAAUAUGCAUGGCAGGUGGACUUUCAACAGGUUGGAUUGAGUGGGGUGAUAAACGAUACGAGUUUAGAAAUGCUCCGUCAUAUUCUGAGAAGAACUGGGGUGGCGCCUUCCCGAGAAAGUGGUUCUGGGUGCAAUGUAAUGUAUUUGAGGGAGCUGAUGGAGAAGUUGCAUUGACUGCUGCUGGUGGACUGAGACAGCUGCCUGGAUUGUCCGAGACUUAUGAAAAUGCUGCACUAAUUGGAGUUCACUAUGGAGGGGUUUUCUAUGAGUUUGUACCAUGGAAUGGGUCAGUCAACUGGGAAAUUGCUCCAUGGGGACAUUGGUGCAUUUCUGCAGAGAACGAAGAGCACACGGUGGAACUAGAAGCAAAAACAAAAGAUCCUGGGACCACAUUACGUGCUCCCACCUCAGAGGCUGGCCUUGCUCCUGCUUGUAAAGACACUUGUUUUGCGGACCUUAGACUCCGGAUAUUUGAACGGCGUCAUGAUGGAACUGAAGGAAAGGUUAUAUUGGAUGUUACAAGUAACAUGGCGGCAGUAGAAGUAGGGGGAGGGCCGUGGUUCACAGCAUGGAAAGGCAAGACGUCAACACCAGAGGUUAUCAGUCGUGUUGUUGGGCUGCCUGUUGAUGUUGAAGGUCUAUUCGACUUUGCUCCUUUCCUUAAACCCCCUGGCUUGUAG